GGCGGAAGAAGCUCUCGCCGAAGUCCACAGGGUGGGUUCUUACGGCUCCGUAGUAGGUUUUCAUUGGCGCGUUCCUCCUUUUCUUCGCUUCUGAUUGGCGUCCGAACCGGAAGCGGUGAAGCCUUUUUGCCCUCACGCCGCUUCUGUGUCUACUUUAUUCUCCUCACCAGCAGGACGGGUGUGUGUGUGUGUGUGCGUAUGUGUGAGCGGCUCCACUGGCUGGGCUUGAACGUUGCGAUGAUAAAAGACGCCUAUGCGGUAGGCAACACACCUAUCACUGUGCAAAACACCCAAGAAACGGCUUCAAGACGCUCCUCCUCGCACCUUUAACCACUUGGACUCAAGCGCCAGCACCAUCAUGUCCAGGCCAAAAGCGGCCGGCAUCAAUGAUGUCGCCCGCUUACUCUCAUCGGGGGUGGCACUGAGCUCCCCCACCUCCAGCACCCAAAUGUUCUCCGCCGCCAGCCAGGCGGACUGGGCGGCCAAGCGGCUGGUGUGGGUGCCGUCGGAGAAGCACGGCUUCGAGUCGGCCAGCAUCAAGGAGGAGCGCGGCGACGAGGUGGAGGUGGAGCUGACGGACACCCAGAAGCUGCAGACGCUGUCCCGGGAGGAGAUCCAGCGGAUGAACCCGCCGCGCUUCAGCAAAGUGGAGGACAUGGCCGACCUCACCUGCCUCAACGAAGCCUCGGUGCUCCACAACCUCCGAGAGAGAUACUACUCCGGCUUGAUCUACACAUAUUCGGGUCUGUUCUGCGUGGUGGUGAACCCUUACAAGAACCUGCCCAUCUACACGGAGUCCAUCGUGGAGAUGUAUCGAGGCAAAAAGCGCCACGAGAUGCCGCCGCAUAUCUACGCCAUAUCGGAGGCGGCCUAUCGGAGCAUGCUUCAAGACAGAGAAGAUCAGUCAAUCCUCUGCACGGGUGAAUCCGGGGCGGGGAAAACGGAAAACACGAAGAAAGUCAUUCAGUAUUUGGCUCACGUGGCGUCCUCUCACAAGGGCGGAACCCUGGCUCGGAGUAAAGAAACCCUGCCCAUGGACGGGUGUCGGUCUCUAACCCGCGGCUCCACUGUGGUGAACAGGGGAGAGCUGGAGAGACAGCUCCUGCAAGCCAACCCCAUACUGGAGGCCUUCGGCAACGCAAAAACUGUCAAGAAUGACAAUUCCUCCAGAUUUGGUAAAUUCAUCCGCAUUAAUUUUGAUGUGGCGGGGUACAUCGUUGGUGCCAACAUUGAGACCUACCUCCUGGAAAAGUCCCGGGCCACCCGUCAGGCCAAAGACGAGCGGACGUUUCACAUUUUUUACCAGCUGCUGCACGGAGCUUCCGGGGAAACAAAAAAGGACCUGCUCUUGGGGACUGCAGACCAGUACCGCUUUCUCAGCGGGGGUUCUAUCAACGUGCCCGGUCAAAGUGACGCUGAGAACUUCACCCAGACCAUGGACUCCAUGGCCAUCAUGGGCUUCAACCCAGACGAGCUGAUGUCCAUGCUGAAGGUCAUCUCUGCCGUGCUCCAGUUCGGGAACAUUUCCUUCACGCAGGAGAAGAACCACGACCAGGCGUCGAUGCCUGACAACACGGCCGCCCAGAAGCUCUGCCAUCUGCUGGGUAUCAACGUGCUGGAGUUCACCCGAGCCAUCCUCACGCCCAGGAUCAAAGUGGGUCGGGAGUAUGUGCAGAAGGCCCAGACCAAAGAACAGGCUGACUUUGCCGUGCAGGCCUUGGCCAAGGCCACGUACGAGCGCCUCUUCAGGUGGCUGGUGCACAGGAUCAACAGAGCUCUGGACCGAAGGCAACGGCAGGGAGCCUCCUUCAUCGGCAUCCUGGACAUCGCUGGGUUUGAGAUCUUCCAGCUGAACUCCUUCGAGCAGCUGUGCAUCAACUACACCAACGAGAAGUUGCAGCAGCUCUUCAACCACACCAUGUUCAUCCUGGAGCAGGAGGAGUACCAGCGCGAGGGCAUCGAGUGGAACUUCAUAGACUUCGGCCUGGACCUGCAGCCCUGCAUCGACCUCAUCGAAAGGCCGACCCACCCGCCUGGUGUUCUGGCCCUGCUGGAUGAGGAGUGCUGGUUCCCCCGGGCUACCGACCGCUCCUUCGUAGACAAGCUGACCGGCGAGCAAGGCAGCCAUCCCAAAUUCUUCAAGUCAAAGCAGCCUCGCGGUGAAGCCGACUUCUCCAUCAUCCACUACGCUGGCAAGGUUGACUACAAGGCCAACGACUGGUUGGUGAAGAACAUGGACCCUCUGAACGACAACGUGGCGUCUCUUCUCCAUCAGUCAUCUGAUCACUUUGUGUCGGAGCUGUGGAAGGAAGAUAUUCAAACUCUACCUCGUGUCUACUUCUUUGACUCCUACACCACGGUGCAGGCAAAUGGCUCGGACAUGGACCGCAUCAUCUGUCUGGACCAGGUGGCCACGGGGGAGAACAGCGGGCAGGUCUCGUUCGGAGGAUCGGGGCUGAAAACGAAGAAGGGAAUGUUCAGGACGGUCGGCCAGCUCUACAAAGAGUCCCUCGCCAAGCUCAUGACCACGCUGAAGAACACCAACCCCAACUUCCUUCGCUGCAUCAUUCCCAACCACGAGAAGAAGGCCGGCAAGCUAGACCCGCACCUGGUGUUGGACCAGCUGAGGUGUAAUGGGGUCCUGGAAGGGAUCCGCAUCUGCCGACAAGGCUUCCCAAACCGCAUCCCAUUCCAGGAGUUUAGACAGAGAUACGAGAUUCUGACUCCCAACGCUAUUCCUCGCACCUUCAUGGACGGCAAGCAGGCGUCAGAGCUGAUGAUCAAAGCGUUGGAGCUGGAUCCCAACCUCUUCCGGGUGGGGCAGAGUAAGGUCUUCUUCAGAGCCGGCGUCCUGGCUCACCUGGAGGAGGAGAGAGACUUGAAGAUCACCGACACCAUCAUACGCUUCCAAAGCGCGGCCAGAGGCUACCUGGCACGCAAAGCCUUCAUGAAGAAGCAGCAGCAGCUCAGCGCUCUUCGGGUGAUGCAGAGGAACUGUGCCGCCUACCUCAAACUCAGGAACUGGCAGUGGUGGAGGCUUUUCACAAAGGUGAAGCCGCUCCUCCAGGUGACCCGGCAGGACGAGGAGAUUCAGGUCCGGGAAACGGAGCUGCUGAAGGCCAAGGAAAAACUCUCCCGAGUGGAGCUGGACUUCACGGAACUGGACAAGAAGCACACUCAGCUGAUGGAGGAGAAGGCGGUGCUGGCCGACCAGCUGCAGGCAGAAGCAGAGCUGUUUGCAGAGGCGGAGGAGAUGAGGUCCAGACUGGCCAGCCGCAAACAAGAGCUGGAGGACGUGCUCACCGAGCUGGAGAGCCGCUUAGAGGAGGAGGAAGAGAGAGGAGCACAGCUGACCAACGAGAAGAAGAAGAUGCAGCAGAAUAUUCAGGACCUGGAGGAGCAGCUGGAGGAGGAGGAAAGUGCCAGGCAACGCCUCCUGCUGGAGAAGGUCACCCUGGAGACCAAAGUGAAGAGUCUGGAGAAUGACCAUCUGACCGCCGUGGAGCAGAGAGAUCGCCUCAACAAGGAGAAGAAGCAGCUGGAGGAGCGUCUGAGCGAGGUGACGGACCACCUGACGGAGGAAGAGGAGAAAAGCAAAAGUCUGAACAAACUGAAGAACAAACAGGAGGCCGUCAUCGCUGACCUUGAAGAUCGCCUGAAGCGUGAGGAGCAGGGCCGGCUGGAGCAGGAGAAGUGGAAGAGGAAGAUGGAGACGGAGGCCAUGGAGGCUCAGGAGCAGCUGUCGGACCUGGGCAUGAUGUCGGGCGAGCUGAGAGGGAGUCUAUCCCAGAAGGAGAAGGAGAUCUCCACCCUGCAGGGCCGGCUGGAGGAGGAGGGCUCGCGGCGCGCGGAGGCUCAGCGGGCGCUGAGGGAGGCCAUGUCUCAGGUGUCGGAGCUGAAGGAGGAAGUGGAGAACGAGCGAGGGAUGAGAGAGAGGGCGGAGAAACAGAAGCGGGACAUGGGCGAGGAGCUGGAGGCCUUGAGGACGGAGCUGGAGGACACGCUGGACACCACCGCGGCCCAGCAGGAGCUCAGGUCUCGGCGGGAGGCGGAGUUAGGCGAGCUCCAGCGUUGCGUGGAAGAUGAGACGCGGCGCCACGAGGUCCAGCUGUCGGAGCUCCGGGUCAAGCACAGCAGCGCCAUAGACAACCUCCAGGAGCAGCUGGACAACAGCAAGAGGGCGCGCCAGUCCUUGGAAAAGGCCAAGAUGGUUCUGGAGGAGGAGAGGCAGAAUCUGAGCGCGGAGCUGAAGAACCUCCAAGCCGGCCGCACGGAGAGCGACAGGGGUCGUAAGAGGGCCGAAGGUCAGCUGCAGGAGCUCGUGGCCCGCCUGGCUCAGGCCGACCGGGAGAAGGAGGAACGGGAGGAGCGAAUGCACAAGCUGCAGAGCGAGGUGGAGAACCUCUCCAGCAGUUUGUCCUCCUUUGACAGCAAAGCCCUCCGCCUCUCCAAAGAAGUCAACGGCCUGGAGAGCCAGCUUCACGACGCCCAGGAGCUGCUGCAGGAGGAGACCCGCCAGAAGUUGUCUCUGGCAUCCAGGGUGCGAGGCCUGGAGGACGACCGGAGCGGCCUGAUGGAGAGACUGGAGGAGGAGGAGGAGAAGGCCAGGGAGUUGACCCGGCAGAUCCAGACUUUCACCCAGCAGCUGGCCGAGACGCGGCGGCAGUCGGAGGAGGUGAACACGGCGGUGGAGGCGGGCGAGGAGGCGCGCAGGAAGCUGCAGCGGGAGCUGGACGGCGCGGUGCAGAAGGAGCGGCAGCGCGAGGAGGAGAAGGAGCGCGUGGAGCGGCAGAGGGAGCGUCUGCGGGAGGAGAUCGAGGACAUGACCCUGGCCCUGCAGAAGGAGAGGCAGAACUGCACGGCUCUGGAGAAGAGGCAGAAGAAGUUCGACCAGUGUCUGGCCGAGGAGAAGUCGGUGAGCACCCGUCUGGCGGACGAGAGAGACAGAGCAGAAGCUGACAGUCGAGAGAAGGAGACGCGAUGUCUGGCCUUGACCAGAGCCUUGCAGGAGGCCCAGGACCAGAGAGAGGAGCUGGAGAGGUCCAACAAGCAGCUUCGUGUGGAAAUGGAGCAGCUGGUCAACCAGCAGGACGACGUGGGCAAGAACGUCCACGAGCUGGAACGCAUGCGUCGGACUCUGGAGACGGAAGCCGAGAGCCUGCGCACUCAGACGCAGGACCUGGAAGAGGAGCUGGCCGAGACGGAGAACUCCAGGCUGAGGCUGGAGGUCACGCUGCAAGCCCUCAAGGCUCAGUUCGAGAGGGAGCUGAGCAGCAGCGAGGAGAAGGGCGAGGAGAAGAGAAGGGCCCUCAGCAAGCAGGUGAGGGAACUGGAGAUCCAGCUGGAGGAGGAGCGGACGCAGCGUUCCCAGGCCGUCCUGUCCAAGAAGCAGCUGGAAGCGGAGCUGCAGGAUUCCGAGGCUCAGAUGGAGACGUCCAGCCGCAGCAAGGAGGAGGCUGUCAAACAUCUGCGGAGGCUGCAGGGUCAACUGAAGGACGUGCUCCGGGAGCUGGACGAGACCAAGCUGAGUCGCGACGAGGUCAUCUCGCAGUCCAAAGACAACGACAAGAAAAUCCAAACCCUGGAGGCCGAAGUCCUGCAGCUGACGGAGGAGCUGUCGGUAUCCGACCGCCAGAGGAGACAAGCUCAGCAGGAGCGAGACGAGAUGGCGGACGAGAUGGUCAACAACAGUUCUGGAAAGACGGCGCUCUUUGAAGAGAAGCGAAGGCUAGAGAUGCGAGUCGGCCAGCUGGAGGAGGAGCUGGAGGAGGAGCAGACCAACUCGGAGCUUCUGACGGAGAGGCACAGAAAGCUGGCGCUACAGGUGGAGACGAUGACGGUGCAGCUGCAGGGCGAGAAGACCCUGUUCCAGAAGGCGGAGGCGGGGCGGGAGCAGCUGGAGAGGCAGAACAAGGAGAUGAAGACCCGGCUGGAGGAGCUGGAGGGAACCGUGAGGGGCAAACACCGGCUCAGCGUCGCCGCCCUGGAGGCCAAGAUAGAAUCCAUGGAGGAGCAGCUGGAACAAGAAAGACAGGAGCGCGGCAUUGCCAACAAGCUGCUGAGGAAGACGGAGAAGAAGCUGAAGGAAGUGGUGAUGCAGGCAGAAGACGAGCGGAGGCACGCCGACCAGUACAGAGAGCAGCUGGAUAAGGCCAUGGUGCGCCUGAGGCAGCUGAAGCGGCAGCUGGAGGAGGUGGAGGAGGAGAACUCUCGCUCCAACGCUCAGAAGCGGAAGCUGCAGAGGGAGCUGGAGGAGCUGACGGAGAACAGCCAGAGCAGGAUGCGGGAGAUCAGCAGCCUCCGCAACCAGCUCAGCGUCCCUGAAUGGAGACCAGAGCAGCGCGCCCCCUUGCCCCUGGCCAUGCGGGGACGCCGGCCCAUGGUGGACGACUACUCCUUAGACAACUCGGACUCGGAGGAGUUGCCCGCCUCCCUGACGCCCUCGCCGGGGCCGCCACGGACCCCGACCCCGUCUUCUGAGCUCAGCUCGGAAAGCGCCCCCGCUUACAACAACGCACACCAAUGAUGUACGCUAGCUGACUCCAAUAAAGCUAAACGUUCCUCCAUGAGCAAUAACGCCGUCUUGCUCUCUAGGGCGGGGGUGGGUGGCCACCCUGCCCCUGCGUACACUUUAUACCCAAAACAUACCUAAAUGGAGGGCUACACACCUCACAUCAUCUUAUUUCUACUACAAAAUGGCCCCCGGGCCGCCACUUGGACACCCCCGCUCUAGGAUGACCACUAACUACAUUUGGAAGGUGAAAAAAUACAUGAAACGACAUCAAGGGGUGUCGAACUAACCUGUUGCUGAAAAUGACCGUAGAGUACAGGUACAGCUGCUCCUCGUAGAGUACAGGUACAGCUGCUCCUCUUAGAGUACAGGUGCCCUUCGUAGAGCACAGGUACAGGUGCUCCUCGUAGAGUACAGGUACUCCUCGUAAGGGUACAGCUGCUCCUCGUAGAGUACAGGUACUCCUCGUAAGGGUACAGCUGCUCCUCGUAGAGUACAGGUACUCCUCGUAAGGGUACAGCUGCUCCUCGUAGAGUACAGCUGCUCCUCGUAGAGCACAGCUGCUCCUCGUAGAGCACAGCUGCUCCUCGUAGAGCAGAGGUACAGGUGCUCCUCGUAGAGUACAGCUGCUCCUCGUAGAGUACAGGUACAGCUGCUCCUCAUAGAGCACAGGUACUCCUCGUAGAGCACAGGUACUCCUCGUAAGGGUACAGGUGCUCCUCGUAGAGCACAGCUGCUCCUCGUAGAGCACAGCUGCUCCUCGUAGAGCACAGCUGCUCCUCGUAGAGCACAGGUACAGGUGCUCCUCGUAGAGUACAAGUACAGGUGCUCCUCGGCUUCCAGACACCAGAAGUCAUGUGACAGGACUUUUAUACUGAAAGGAUCCAUAUCCCACAUCAUGUAUUCUAAAGAUAUAAAAAAGAUAAAAAGAGGCGUCAAAGAAAACACGUGAUGGGACCCCUGGAAAAAUCCCAAUCAGGCUUUCCAUCACGUUUCCAUGGCAGCCAUAGCGUUAAUCCGAACCCGAACCCUAACCCGAACCCGAGGUCACUUCCUCUACUUUGGUCUGGAACAUCCUGGUCUCUAUGGCGACCACAUCGCCUCUACUUUUCUACCGCAGCAGCAACGUUCUCCUUUUUCUUUCUUCACUUUCCCCUCAUUGGCGGCCAUCUUUGGCCAUCAAAAGGAUGACGAAGGGACUGUAGUAGUAGUAGUAGUACUAGUCAUAGUAGUAGUAGUAGUAGUAGUAAUAGUAGUACAAAUGUUUGAGCUAGAAAAAGACGAGCGGUCACGAUGCGUUCCUUAACCCAAGCAAACAGGAAGUAGUUUCUUUUCCAUCUCAUCUUUUUCUUUCUGGUUUGGUUAGCACAGCGGAACAGGAAGUCAAACAGCAAACGUACCCAAGUGGUCCACUAGGAGUUAGCAUGAGCUAGCUAACCGUACACGGCAUUGGGACACACCGAGGAGUUAGCAUGAGCUAGCUAACCGUACACGCCAUGUCGGCUCUCCUCGGGGUGGCUGUGUCUUCCAGCACAAGACGCUAAGUCAUUCAUGCUAGCUGCUACAAUAACAACAUGGCUGUAGCUUGGCUUUAGUAUUUCCCAUGACGUCCGUUGCUAGCUAGCUCAUAUUAACUGCUUUUCCAGCGCAAAAAAAAAGGGAAAGAAAUAUGUGUUCAUGUUUUGCAUACGGAUUGGGAAUGAUUUGGGAUUGCCAAAAUUCCAAAAAAAAGUGCACUUCCCCUUUAAGUACCCUGGGAGAGAAUACGUUUUUCUUCCUGAAAUACUCUCUCGCCCUCUCUCUCUCUCUCUCUCUCUCUCUCUCUGUAUGCGGACGCAGUAAGAGGCCUGUAUGUUUACCAAAAUGAUGCACUGGACCACUACACUACCACAUAGUACACUACACUACACUAUACUACAAUAUAGAGUACCACUGAAAGGACUCGGCAUUGUUGUCAUCAAUGCUAAGCUAACGUGAUUGAGUGGACUAACCCAGCAAAAGGUUCAAAUGCCACCAACCUGCUGUCUGUACAAAUCUUUUAUUUUGGCGGGAUGCAAACCACUUUUGCGUUUGUACUACAAUACUACAAUACUACUGUGUCAUGGCUGCUGCACUUUGCACAAAAACUGUUGGGGAUAUUUGAUGAUGAUGAUGAUGAUGAUGAUGUCAACAUCGAAGUCAUUUGGUGGAAUGGAACCCAUAUGGAAUCUAUAUGGAAUCUAUAUAUAUGGAACCCAUAUAUAUAUGGCCUCUAUAUAUGGAACCUAUAUAUAUGGAACCCAUAUAUAUGGCCUCUAUAUAUGGAACCCAUAUAUAUGGAACGGAAGCGCCUGUGUUGUUGUGUAGCAAGCUGCUCCUCAAACGUCGUCUUUUUCUUUGGCUUUUGGUUGAGUUGUUAUUGUUAACGAUGCUGUAUUAUAAAACAUCCAUCUGGGGUCAACUUUGAAUAUAUGUUGUCGCUUUUCACCCGGCUGCUUUUUGUGUCGUCUUCUUCCUGCACACACUCGGAAAAAUACAAAUACGAUUACUACAUCCAAAUAUCGAAAUAUCAUCGAAAUAUCUAAAUAUUUGUUUAGAUCCAAAUGUACAAGAAUUUACAAGAAUAACAAAUCUGAGAAAAACAUCAUCCAAUUACAAAGUCAAGAAAAAAAGUUGUCGUAUAAGCCCCCCCCCCUUUUACCACUUUUUUACAACUAUUCUCAUAGUACUACUUUUUUCUGAGAAGUACUACUUAGUUCCUGUAAAUGUGUGACCUUUUUCUCUUGUUAAUUUCCGACUUUCAUCUCAAAAUCAGAUUUUCCCAAUGAUGAUUUGUGUCCCAAACACUGUAAAUGUAAACACGUAUUGUGGAGCUAUUAGUACAUACAAAGUACAUACAAAUACUUCUAACUGUGUGCCUUCAUUCAUCUGUUUCAAAUGAUCAAAUGUAGUACAAAUGAGGAUGAAUCCUGAUUGAACUAGUACAGGAAAUGCGGAUAUAAAACCAUUUUAGUGUUUACAUAAGUUAAAGAUACUUUGAAAGUACUUCACCAAAUAUACAAUUAAUGGUAUAGUUUAUCCAUUUGUGUUUUUUACUGUACAUGUACUUCUAUGUUUAAUAGUUACUUACUUUAUCCAACAAAAUUACAAAUAG